AUGUCGAAAGAUUCAAACGGUGCCUCGUCCUACGCGUCCGAUUCUGAAGACAACAAAUCUAAUUCUUCAGACUCUUCUUUUGAAGAUGAAUUAAAGAGUAGCAACGACACAACGUUGGACGAAUCCAACGGAGCAAAGUCCUCAGCAUUAGUAGAGGAACUAUUCACUAUACCCAUAGUUAAUCAAUCUUACGAAACUGCGAAGAGAUAUAAACUCGUUCGAAUGACUAUCGACUUUGCCGAUGCCGGUGCACGUAAAGUAUCCGAUUUGGCAAAACCUGUUUCCGACAAAUUUAGCGACCAAAUUGAAAAGGCUGACAGGAUUGCCGCAGAAUCCGUCCAACGUUUAAGUUCGCAAUUUCCGAUUGUAAAAGAACCUACUGAUAGAAUCUUUAAAACCGUUAGUUGUACGAUUGAAGAUAAUAUUACUACACCGGGCAGUCGUUUUGUAGCCAAAGUUGAUUCUCAACUCACUCCUUUAGUUGACGUAAUCGAAGAUUUAAUUAAAAAAGUGAUCCCUGAUGAAAAUGUUGCUAGUAGAGAUAUUCAGAAUGAUCAACAACUUGAUCAAUUGAGUCAAACGCUUAGAGUACUCCAUAUUGCUCUUGCUACAAGAGAUCGAUGUGUUGAAAAAGUAAAGAGACAAAUUUCAACCGUUCAGAAUCCUGAUAUUGCAGUAACUCUUCAUGCUCAUUUGCAAAGUAUCGCCACCGUGAUUCUUGGUGAUCUAAACAAGGAUGAAGAUCUUCCGAGAGCCGUGCAAGCAAAAAUCAUUGAAUUAUCAACUACUCUUUUGACCGUAACUGAAUGUAUUUCCAAUUAUGUCAAAUUAAAUGCUGAACAUUUUCCUGAAUAUCUUCCAGAGUAUCUUCAAGAACGUCUCAAACCCUUGGUAAUCUUUUUUGGACAAGGUUAUGGUGAAAUUGUCAACGAAAUUAAGAAUGGUGAAGGUAGUCCUCUUGAAAAAGCAAAAAAUAUUGUCCUACUUACCACAAACCAUACUUUACCCUUACUUCGCGGUUCUCUCGCGGAUUUACAAGAAGCAUUCAAGUGUGAUACUUAUCGAAUUGGAGAGUUGAGGGUUGGGUUUGCGAUUAACUAUUAUCAGAUCCUUCAUUCUUUAGAUUAA